CUCCUCUCUCCCCCCCCCCCCCUCUCUGUUCAAUCCACCCAGUGUCUUCCUGCCGCGUCGGUUUCAGUCUUAAUUUCAACAAGUCCAAGUGGCGAGCGGUCAGCGACUAUCUCUCUGUCUCUCUCUGUGUGUGUGUGUCUCUCUGUGUCUCUCUGUCUCUCACGGUGUGGCCAAGGAAAGGACAGAAUGCACACGUCGCCUUGGAUAUAACGAAGGAGGAGGGAGAGGGAGAGGGAGAGAGAGAGAGAGGAGGAGGAGAAGACAAACAGCAAGCGGGAAACAAAUCAAGACACAAGCACCGGCGAAGAAAUCUUUGCAGUCGCGGAAUACGUAGACUGCUGGCGUGUGUAAAUAUCUGUCUCCGGGGGGGAGAGAAGAGAGAUUUGAGAAGAAGAGAGGGGAUUUAAAAAAACAAAUUCAAAUUAAAAAACACCCGACCAGACCCCCCCCAGAAGGUGCGAGACGAGGAGGAGAGGGGUGAAGAAUCGCCGGAGCCGUGUGUCGGCGGUAGAGGGGAGCAGUGAAGCUCCUGACUUGGUUGUUGCCUGGACUGCAGAGUUGCCAAAAGUCCUGCCGUUGUUCCCAAGUGGAGUAUCUUCCGGCAAGAUGGUGAUGGCGGGAUUGGAUGGGUAACCUAUGUGGGACCUGGCCCGAGUCAUCUGUUCCCCUCCGAGUUAAAUGGAUCCUGUGAAUGCCUAUCCUGUCACCAGAGAUAAGAGUUGCCUCCAUCGCUCAGCCUGAAGUUGUGUUUCCAUUCUCCUGUGUGCAAGACUGCAUGCCUGUCGUGGAUCAUAUACAAUGUCCAGCUCAAAUGGCUUGCCCUGGCUGGCGUUUGUGCUGGGCCCGUCCUUGAAGGUGAAGAGCCUGCUGUGGAUCACCAGCGUGGUGCUGCGUCUGGGACUCCUCGCCUGCCAGGACAACUUCCCCGUGGUCACCACCAAUUACGGCAAGCUGAGGGGGGUCAGGAACCCGCUCCCCAACGAGAUCCUGGGCCCCGUCGACCAGUACCUGGGCAUUCCCUACGCCUCGGCCCCCACCGGCGAGAGGCGCUUCCAACACCCGGAGUCUCCCUCCUCCUGGACCGGAGUGCGGAAUGCCACCCACUUUGCCGCCGUCUGCCCCCAAAACAUCCACGGCAUCUUGCCCGACGUCAUGCUGCCCGUAUGGUUCACCGCCAACCUGGACAUCGUGGCCUCCUACAUCCAAGACCAGAGCGAGGACUGCCUCUACCUGAAUGUCUACGUGCCCACCGAGAACGGUAAGUCGCGCUCGGCGCCCGGCGCUCCUUCCAGUAAUGGCAAGCGGAGGAAAAGAGAGAAGGAAUUGGGGGAGAGAAGGGAGGAGAAAAUGUAGAUGAACCCUUAUUAAUUCAUGCCAUUCCUAAUCUCCACUACACAUAUGAGCAUACCACCCUCUACAUGGUAUCACGGUACUACACAGCUUUAUGGCCCCGUCCCACGGUACGAGUUCAUUCCAAGAGCUCUCCCGAGUUUGCCCUGAUUCGAACUUGGAGAUUUACGGUAAUGGCCACUCGUCGGUACUCGGGGCUCUCGUGGACAUUUAUCAACAUGUUGAAAAAUCUUCACCAGUCUUCCCGUGCUUACCUGCCGUUAGCGCGUCUUCCCGAGUACCUGCCGUUAGCGUUACAAGCCGCUAAGAGACGUCCCCGAGCUCCGACGUACCCGCUACGUUCAUUCUCCGUGCUUACCAUGAGUUUGAUUAUUUUUUUUACUUGGGAGAGCUAUUGGAAUGAACUCGUACCGUGGGACAGGGCCAUAAAGCUGUGUAGUACCGUGAUACCAUGUUGAGUACCCCUUGUUCUGGACUUCCCCAACAUCGGGAACAAUCUUCCUUACACUAGCAAGGCCAGCCAGCCGGCUCGCUCACUCUCUCUCUCACACACACAAGCCAGCGGAGCUAGAUGAGAAUGGCUGGCUGUUGGAAUGUUCCUGUCAACUGUGGAAUAAAGAUUCAUCUUCACAAUGUGUGUUGUUGUUUUAGAUCCAUGUCUCUUCCUCCACUGACCCUCCUUUGCGACUCUUUGUUGGAAGCUACUCGCUGAAAUGUGUGGAGAAAAGUUUUUUUUUUUGCUGUUAAUUUACAAGUUGGAUAAAAUAGCAGAGUUGCUUUCAAACGCAUUCCUCAGCAGGGUUUCAUGUUUAGAAUAUACUACCCCUGCCCCACGGUACCAGUUCAUUCCAAGAGCUCUCCCGAGUUUACCCUGAUUCGAACUCGGAGAUUUACGGUAAUGGCCACUCGUCGGUACUCGGGGCUCUCGUGGACAUUUAUCAACAUGUUGAAAAAUCUUCACCAGUCUUCCCGUGCUUACCUGCCGUUAGCGAGUCUUCCCGAGUACCUGCCGUUAGCGUUACGAGCCGCUAAGAGACGUCUCCGAGCUCCGACGUACCCGCUACGUUCAUUCUCCGUGCUUACCACGAGUUUGAUUAUUUUUUUGUUUAACUCGGGAGAGCUCUUGGAAUGAACUCGUACAGUGGGACAGGGCUUUAAGGGCUGAUAUAUAAUGAGACGAAAGAUGAACCAGAACCAAUGCAAACAUGCUGAGUAAUAAAAGUGAACUGACUAGGCGUAGACACAAAGUGGUGGAGUAAUUCAGCGGGACAUCAGGCAUC